CUGCAGAAAAUGUCCUCCAGCGAAGCACCAAAAAGUGGAUUCAAAAUCGAAGGCGCCGGGCGCCAGCUGAAGAAGACGGAGGUGGACUUUAUGCGGCUGAUCGAACAGCAGAAUCUGCAGCGUGUUCAGAAGUUACAGCGCCAGCGACGUAACAACAAGCUUACCGGCAUCGUGCUUGGAGGAACGGUGCUCAGCAUCUACCUUUACUCGAUGUUUUCCGUGAAGCAGGAGAAAUUUUUGGACGAUUUUGAAGAACCUGUUAAGCUAGAGGUGGAAAACAAGGCACUGUAAAGC